AUGAACCUCGUCAAAACCCCCGACAACCAGGUCGCCAUCGCGGCGGCCGGCGCCGUCGAGCCGCUCGUCGCGCUGCUGAAGACGGGCAGCGAGAAGGCCAAGGUGCUCGCCGCGGGCGCGCUGAUGAACCUCGUCAAAAACCCCGACAACCAGGUCGCCAUCGUCGAGGCCGGCGCGAUCGAGCCGCUCGUCGCGCUGCUGAAGACGGACCGCGAGUCGGCCAAGGUGAUCGCCGCGUUCGUGCUGGGCCACCUCGCCUGCGACCCCGGCAACCGGGGCGCCAUCGCGGCGGCCGGCGCCGUCGAGCCGCUCGUCGCGCUGCUGAAGACGGGCAACGACAAUGUCAAGGCGCGCGCCGCGUGCGCGCUGAUGAACCUCGCCUGCGACCCCGACAACCAAGUCGCCAUCGCGGCGGCCGGCGCCGUCAAGCCGCUCAUCGCGCUGCUGAAGACGGGCAGCGAGUCGGCCAAAGAAAACGCCGCGGGCGUGCUGUGCAACCUCGCCCUCAACAACGACAACCGGGUCGCCAUCGCGAGGGCCGGCGCCGUCGAGCCGCUCAUCGCGCUGCUGGAGACGGGCAGCGAGAAGGUCAAAAAGCACGCCGCGGGCGCGCUGGCGCUCCUCGCGGACAGCCCCGGCAACCAGGGCGCCAUCGUCGAGGCCGGCGCGAUCGAGCCGCUCGUCGCGCUGCUGGAGACGGGCAGCGAGGAGGUCAAAAUGAACGCCGCGCGCGCGCUGGCGCUCCUCGCCCGCAACAACGACGCGAACAAGGUCGCCAUCGCGGCGGCCGGCGGCAUCCGGCCGCUCGUCGCGCUGCUGGAGACGGGCAGCGAGGAGGUCAAAAAGAACGCCGCGCGCGCGCUGGCGCUCCUC